AUGGCUUUGGAUAAGGAUAAGCUUCAAGAGGAAUCUGUAAUCCGUCGUUUCUACCGGAUUAUUCUUAGUUGGGAUUGCGUUACUUUUCUCAAUGAGAAACAGGAACAUAAUGGAAAAACUAGUUCAGCUUCCAAACUCGUGAAGGUGAAAGAUAAAUACAAAGACGUGGAUGAUUAUAUUAAUACCUAUGAGCCUCUCAUUUUUGAAGAAGCUAAAGCUCAAAUCAUCAGAGGGAUAGAGGAAGAACAAGGAGAAGAGGGGGCUGAUUGGAAGUUUGGGGUGGUAAACAGUUACACUGAGUCAGAUGACUUUCAUUUUCUAGAAUUUCCUUGUGAAUUGGAACAGGGAGAAUCAAUAUCACAGAAUGAUCUGUUACUGAUUUCAAAAGAAAAGUAUGUGGAUGACAAAACUACACACGCAUUUGCUUUGGUGGAAAACGUGCGAAAAUUUUCUGAAGCAAAACUUGUUCGAGUCAGACUCUAUCUAGCUGGAGAAUUCUCACAUUAUAAUACAAAUAAGGUGAAAUCUUCUCCAAGGCUGUUCAAUAUGCGGUCUUAUAUAUGUGAGACAGAGAGGCAAUUGUAUUUUAUGAAGUUGUGCAAUUUAUCUACCAUUGCUCGCGAGUAUGUGGCUAUACAAACGAUAAGCAUUCUCCCUUUCAAGGAUUUAAUAUUAAAUGCCGCUGGAGAGGAUUUUGGUACAGAAACCGAGGGAUGGAAAAUCCCAUCAGCUUUGAAGGAUUAUGUUGAAGGUAGAUUCAAUCAAUAUCAACGUCAGGCUAUAACAGCUGGUCUAUCCUCAAAAGCCUUUGUCCUGAUACAGGGGCCUCCGGGUACUGGGAAGACUCAGACCAUACUUGGGAUUCUAAGUACCAUCUUACAUGCUACUCCCACAAGAGUACAUUCAAAGAGUGGUACCUAUGAGCUAAAGCAAGGGCUGCAAUUACCUAUUGAGGAGCAACAUAGACAUUGGAAAUUGGCGUCUCCAUGGUUACAUAGCAUCAAUCCAAGGGACAGUCUCAUGCCCAAAGACGGGGAUGAUGGUUUUUUCCCAACUACUGGAAAUGAAUUAAAACCUGAAGCUAUUACUUCAACUCGUAAAUAUCGUGUAAGAGUUCUAGUAUGUGCCCCAUCAAAUUCUGCACUUGAUGAGAUUGUGUUGCGGGUUCUCAGUGGAGGUAUCCACGAUGAAAAUGACCGAUCUUAUUGCCCAAAAAUUGUUAGGAUUGGUCUCAAAGCACACCAUUCUAUCAAGGCUGUUUCCCUGGACGAACUUGUGAAAAAAAAACGCGCCAGUGUUAACAAAUCAUCCACUGAUAAGCAGAGUAAUGCUUCUGCAGGAAGCAAUGAAGACAGUAUCAGGGUUGCAAUACUGGAUGAGGCUACAAUUGUCUUUUCCACUCUCAGCUUUAGUGGUUCACAUCUUUUCAGUAAACUUAGUCGGAACUUUGAUGUAGUGAUUAUAGAUGAAGCCGCACAAGCUGUGGAACCUGCAACUCUUGUUCCCUUGGCCAAUCAGUGCAAAAAAGUUUUUCUGGUUGGUGAUCCAGCUCAACUUCCAGCAACUGUAAUUUCAGACAUUGCUAAGAAUCAUGGAUAUGGCACAAGCUUAUUUGAAAGACUGAAGCAUGCUGGUUAUCCCAUUAAAAUGCUGAAGACACAAUAUCGAAUGCAUCCUGAGAUAAGAAGCUUUCCCUCUGAGGAGUUUUAUGAAAACUCAUUGGAAGAUGGGGACGGCGUCAAAUUACAGACAGUACGUGACUGGCACGAGUACCGCUGCUUUGGCCCAUUCUCCUUCUUUGACAUACACGAGGGAGAAGAAUCUAAACCAACUGGGAGUGGUUCAUGGAUAAAUGUUGCGGAAGUUGAUUUUGUCCUACUCUUGUAUAAAAAAUUGGUAACACUUUAUCCGGGGCUCAAGUCAGGCAACCAAGUUGCAAUUAUAUCACCUUACAGUCAACAAGUCAAGCUCUUCCAACAACGUUUUGAAGAGACUUUUGGUGUGUCAGCUGAGAAAGUAGUGGAUAUAUGUACUGUUGAUGGUUGUCAGGGACGUGAAAAAGACGUCGCCAUAUUUUCAUGUGUCAGAGCAAGCAAAGAUAGAGGUAUAGGGUUUCUGGAAGACAUCCGCCGAAUGAAUGUUGGGAUCACUAGAGCGAAGUCUGCAGUGUUGGUGGUUGGGUCUGGCUCAACAUUGAGGAGGAGUGUACAAUGGAACAAGCUUGUGGAAAGUGCAGAGAAAAGGAACUGUUUAUUCAAAGUUUCUAAACCAUAUACUUCAUUCUUAAGUGAUGGAAAUCUUACAUCUAUGAAAGCAAGGGCGGAUAAACCACCUCAGGCAACAUAUGAUGUAGUAAACAACGAUCUGCCAAUUGACAAUUAUGCACAACAGAUUGAUCAAGGGCAACCCGAGGACAAUGAUUAUGGAGAUGCUGAUGCUGACAUGGGUUAUGGAGGUGAUGAUGAUUAG